CAAUGUUAGCAACGACGGACAUUAGGGUGUCCCUAAAAAAAUCAACUUUCCAAUUUAUAUCGAGAAGCUUUAAGAUAAACUAAGUAGGGCGAGGUUACCUUCAAACCUGCAAGUUUUGAGGCUGUUAAUCAAUAAGUUACGAGCAAAACCUGGCAAGGGAUCUCAAACUGCAGCAUACUCUUUCACAGCGAAGGAUAUAAUGCAAGUACGGGAAAAAGCGCGUAUUCCUACUCGAGUCAGCUGAAAAGUUUGUAUGCCGAACGGAGAUCGCUCCAAAAAACAGCCAAACGACGUGAUUCUACUCAAAUUUCAAGAGAAGUUGCUUUUGAAAGUAAAUUUGGUGACUUAUUUGAUAUUGCUCCAGUGGACGUGAUGAUUCAAAUGAAGAAUGAAGAAGACAAAAAGUUUUUAAUAUUACAACGAGAAAAAGGACGUGUUGGUUGUAUGGGUUCCGUUGAUGUGAAGCUUCAUAAGAAAGAAAAGCGAACAGCAGAAAGAGAAAAGAAAGCUAUGAGAAGGAAGGAACGCUGGCAACAAACAAUGAAAAUGGAUGCCCAAACUGCCACCACAGAUUCAGCUCAAUCAGACAAUACUGAUUCCGUCGCGGAAGAUCAGUCACAUUCUGAUGAAGCUGAGAUUCCCUCCACUCAAGGAUUGAGUACCUCCAACAACUUGAUAGCAGGAACUGAAAAAAAGAAAAGGGGACGAAAAAAUGCAAUGUCGUCAAAAUUGGCAAACAUUCUGGAAGCUUCUAAAGUAAGCAUUAGAUCAGGGACAAAAAUAGUUUUUUGCGCUGCUGAAAAUUUCGACGUUAAUACGUCUGAAAUAAAUGUGAACAAGAGCUCCAUACACCGGGAAAGAACGAAAUAUAGAAAUCAAUCUGCAGAAAAAAUUAAAAAUGAUUUCAUAGAAAAACUUCCAAAUAAAUCCAAGUUAAUGGUCCAUUUUGACGGCAAGAGGAUGAAAUUAAGUGACGGAACUGUAAUGGAACGAUUACCCGUGUUCGGUAACUGGACCCGCAAGAGCAGUUGCUCGGCUCUCCGUCCCUUCCAGAUGGAACAGGCUCUGCGCAAGCAAAUGCAGUUGUUCUUUUACUUGAAAAAUGGGGACUUUGUGAAAUGGUGCAAGCUGUUUGCUCAGAUACGACGGGGUCAAAUACAGGACAGAGGAACGGUGUAUUUGUUUUAAUAGAGAAACAGCAAGGAAGAACACUGCUUUACUUGGCUUGCAGGCAUCAUAUGGCAAAGAUUAUCUUGAAAAAUGUGUUCGAAGUUUCUGUUAAUGUGUCUUCAGGUCCAGAAGUUUCCAUUUUUAAAAGAUUUCCAAAUCAGUGGCCCACUAUUGACCAGAAAAAGUUCUUAAUUGGGAUAGCACAUAAGAACAUUCCUCCAAUCCUACGAGAAAAAUCAAAUAAAAUACUUCAGUUUGUGCAGCAAAAAUUAACUGAAGAUCAUUGCCGAGACGACUAUAAAGAGUUGCUGGAGCUUGUAUGCAUUUUUUUGGGAGGUACACCGCCACGAGGGAUAAAAUUUUACAAGCCUGGUGCGAUUCAUGAAGCUCGUUUCAUGUCAAAAGCAAUUUACUCGCUAAAAAUUGUCAUGUUUAAGAAUCAAAUAAAGUUGACAGCCAAGAAAGAAAAAGGAUCGACAGCAGUGAGUGUAUUUGUUGCUGUACUCUACGUAAAGUACUGGUUUACUGCAAGUGACGUAAUAAGUGCGCCUCGAAACAACUUUCAAUUUUUAUUAGAUUUGAAACUCUAUGAGAAGACUGAUAACUUAAUUUCCAAUACGGCUUUAAAGAAAUUCAGUGGACAUUUAUGGUACAUAAGUCAGGAGCUAACCGGAUUAGCACUCUUAGAUGAUAGUCUGCACCUUUCAGUUAAAAGUAAAAUGGUGAAAAAGAUUUCGACAAAGACCUCCCGGAGUGAACCACCCUCUUCAAGAGCAAUGGAGGGUUCCGGGUUACAACGCAUAAAAGUAACAUCGCAACACCUCAAUAACUGGUUAAAAAAUGAUUUGAGUCAUUUCGUUACUCCGAAUACUAUUAAACUCUUUGAAAGAUUUGUAUUAUAAUUCUGUUUCUUACACUCUGAUCCUGGAACCUGGAAUUUGCGAAAAGACUUUACAGAAGCUCGCAAUUUUUUUCAAGUUUGAGUGUAACUAACGAUUUUGCAGAAAGAUGUGUGGCUUUGACGCAGGAAUAUAUGGGCCAAGUUAAGUGCGAAACAAAUUUCCAGGAUUUACUUAUUGUAUCCCAGGCCUCACGUCGAGAGUUUUCAAGUUGUACUAAAGAAUCUUUAUCCAAAGACGCGUUUUGAAAUUACUCGUAUAUUAUAUAAUAUUUGACA